GUCAAAUGUCAGACAGGAGCACUUUUUCUUCUCUCCCGUGUCUGUCGUGUGUGUGGUCCCACGCCGUGGUCGCAAUUUGAAACGGAGAAAUUCUCUUAAAUUGUAUGAAAAUACCGGAGAAGUUUGUGUUUAUUAAUAACAUACAAACAUUCGCCAUAAUUAUGUGUAAGAAAAUCUACAAGCACAGGAAUCGUUGAACAAUUGAGUACAAGUUUUUCGCCGUUCAGUUCAGUCGUCGCGUCGCGAGCUAAAACGUUCAGUACACAAAAGUCAACGAAAUAAACUAGAAAAUUGCGCGGUUAAUUGGCCCAGUUGAUUUUCGCCGGUCGGUUUUUCAAUUCCCACAAGGAUUAGUCACUUGGCACGUUUCGGAAGCUUCACGGUCGCCGUGUAUCCACACUUGAUUCCGAUUGGACUCUUCAUCGUUAUCGGUGCGUAUGGCUGGAGAAGUUGUGUAACGCUUGCCCAGGCUCUUUUUCUAAUAAUGACUAGCGGUAGCACAGGCUCCCCGUCGUUUCCUAGUUGGAAGCUAGCUUUGCUGAUUGGAACACCCGUAGCCAUCGGCAUAGGAUACUAUAUCUACCGCAAGCAAUCAAAGGCCUUAUCUGAAGACACAACAGACUCGACAACAAAGGAUAAAACCAUCAAAAGUCUAAAGGAUAAAUCAAUUUCCAUUGAUGGCGAUUCAACACCUUCAACAAGUGACAAGGACCUGUCACAAAAAGAGAAACAAGAACUGGAAAAGGCAAAACUUACCCCUCUCGCAUUAGCUCAACAAUAUAAAAACGACGGAAACGUUUGCUUCCGGAAGGGGAAAUACGAUGAAGCAAUCAAACUCUAUGAUAAAGCAAUUAGUGGAUGUCCUCCUGAGAACAAAAUGGACUUGGCCGUAUUCUAUCAAAAUCGUGCGGCCGCCUAUGAAAUGUUGAAAAAAUGGGCCCAGGUUAAGGCAGAUUGUACUAAAUCGCUUGAAUACAACCCAAGAUACGCAAAGGCUUACUUUCGACGUGCCAAAGCCCAUGAACAGACUAAAGACUGGUUGGAUUGCCUCGAUGAUGUGACGGCCACUUGUAUUCUCGAAGUUUUCCAGAAUAACAACACCAUCUUGUACGCUGAUCGCGUUCUCAAACAGACAGGAAACGAUGAUGCUGCAAAAGCAAUGAAAACACGAGUGCCUGUAUUGCCUUCACGUUACUUCAUCAAAACAUAUUUCCGAUCAUUUGUUUGCGAUCCACUGAUAAAUAUGAAGCCUGAACCGCGUGAUGGUGAACUAAGAGGAUUUGCACGGGCUAAGUUGGCAUGGGAUAAUGAGGACUAUGAUGCCGUUAUUCCUGCUUGUACAGAGGAAAUUGAAUCAAGCGAAUCGGAAUCAGAAUAUAAAAUGGAGGCAUUGCUUUUGCGAGGGACUUUUCAUUUGUUGAGUGGAUGUUUUACGGGAGCCCAACAAGAUUUCGAUGUAAUUAUUGAUAAUGAAGAAGCUGACGUGGAGCUUCGUGUGAAUGCUCUUAUAAAACGUGCCUCGUUAUGGAUUCAACUUAUAGAGAAAGAAAAGGGUCUUGCGGAUUUCGAAGAAGCAGAAGAACUUAGUCCUGAUAACGCCGACAUUUAUCAUCAGCGUGCACAAAUUUACACACUCUUAGAUCAGUUAGACGUUGCAAUGCAGGAAUAUGAGAAAGCCGUCAAAUUGGCACCUCAUCAUGCCAUGGCGUUUAUUCAAAAGUGCUAUGCAGAAUACCGUCUAGCAUUCGUGGUCCAAGAUCAAAUGCGUUUAUCAGCGGUCAUGAAUGAGUUCAAAAAUGCUAUUGAGAAAUAUCCAGACUGUGUUGAAUGCUACAGCUUAAUGGCUCAAGUGUUGAGUGACCAAUCGCAAUAUGACCAAGCCGAUUCAUUCUUCGAGAAGGCAACGAAAAUGGCUCCAGACAAUGCCUCCCUAUACGUUCACAGAGGUAUCAUGGAACUACAAUGGAGCGGAGACAUCGCCAAGGCCCUUCGCUACAUGCAUAAGAGCAUUGAAAUUGACGAAAAGUGCGAAUUAGCUUAUGAAACGUUGGGAACAAUUGAAGUGCAACGCGCUUACUUGGAUAAAGCAGUCGAGUUAUUCGAUAAGGCCAUAAUAUACGCGAAAAGUUUGCCUGAAAUGGGGCAUUUGUAUGCCUUGAGAAACGCAGCCAUUGCACAAAUAAAUGUAACGAAAAAACUGGGAAUUGACAUGGCAUCGAUAUCAGCAGCAGCAAAUGCCGGAAUACCGGAAGUCAAUGGCCAUUGAAAAUUGGGACGUUUUGUAUAUUAAAUCUUUUCUGUGUUCCCAUUGUUUUUAUUUCAACGGAGUGAAACAUAAAUGUUAGUGCAAAUUCGCGGCGAUAUUAGAACCCUUUUCCUUCUAAAUUACCAGCACUUUCUCCGCCCGAGAAAAUGCUUGUAAGUUCAAGAAGAUAUUUUUAAUUUGAUUAUUUUGAAGAGCAAAACUCAAAUCACGCGGAUUUGCACUGGCAUUUGCCAACUACUUUAUUGUUAUAGUCUUAGUCGAAUUGAUAACAAUCAAUUGUUUAAGCUACGCAAUAUUAUAUUCGAUGGAACAUCUACAACUUCAUAUUGUGUACCAUAAGCUGUCCGGUGUUUACCUGAAACCGUGACGGCAUGCUAAGUUGGUCCAGUGCCCAGUAAACAUAUAGUAAUUAGAGUAACACACGUAGUAAAGUAUCAGUAGUUAAUUUACCCCUCAUCAACGCGUUGUAUACAAUUGAAAUAGAAAUUCAAGUGAUAAAUAUGAAAGAUGCAGUAAUUAUAAACGUUUCCUUAUAAGUGUGUGAAUGAAAGCAGAAAAAAUGGGAGCCUUGGGUGGUUUCCAUAUUUUUGUGCUGAUUGAAUUUGUGUCUCUUUUCGUUUCUCGCUUUUUGAUUGUAUAUGUAUCUUAUUGUUUCCCACGUUUUCCUCCUUUUUCCUUGAUUUCGAAUAAAUUUAUAAUACAAAAUCAAUUGAUCAAAUGAAAUUAAUUGAAAACCAUA